AUGCACAAGAUAUUACUUUUAGUCUUCAUCCAUGGGUUCAAGGGAGGGGACGACACCUUUGCCACCUUCCCAGAGAAGUUACGUACGGUAGUGAGCAAGGCCCUUCCAGCCAUCAAAGUGGUGACUGCUGUCUAUCCCAAGUACGAAACCAAAGGGGAUCUAAAAGAAUGUGUAGCACGCUUUCGAGACUGGCUGCAAAACACAGUCAUCGACCUUGAAGUCGCGAAUCAGACUGCAUCCCCAACUGUUGAUCCAUCCGUUCAUGUCUUCUUAGUCGGACAUUCCAUGGGAGGUAUUGUGGCUGCCGAGACACUGUUACUACUUGCAAGUGAGCAGCCCAUACCUUCUGCGACCUCAUCUUCAUUGUCGCCAGGAGAGGCCGAAGGAGAAACGCCGAUCAUUGAACCGGGCACGUUCAUGUUCCCCCAUGUCCAAGGCGUGCUCGCCUUUGAUACCCCAUUUCUAGGUAUCGCGCCAGGCGUUGUGUCAUACGGGGCUGAAGGCCAUUACCGCAAUGCGACAACGGCCUACAACACUUUCACCGAAGUUGCAGGACUCUUCGGCUACGGCAAAGGUUCAUCGAGCAGUGCAGGCUCGAUGCCACAAAACGCAGCACCUAAGGCUUUGCCUGCAAGUGCCGAUGCAGCAGAGGGUCCGUCUUGGCAGCGCUGGGGCAAAUACGCCAUGUUUGCCGGGGCAGCUGGGGCAGUGGCAGCCGGUGGUGCCGCCGCUUUAUAUUCUCAGCGACAAAAUCUGACAGCAGGCUUCACUUGGGUAUCCUCUCAUCUGGAAUUUGUGGGAUGUCUUGCGCGGCCUUCGGAUCUGAAGCAGCGUCUCGAAGGCUUGGUGCGGGUUCAAGAAGAUCGCGGAAUCAAGUCCGUAAAUUUCUUUACCUGUCUAGGACAGGGUGCUGGAAAUCUGGUCGCGGAAAAGCAAACCGGCAGGACUUCAUUCAGUCAAAAGAUCAUCCGAUCGAAGAACAGGACCUUCUGUUUGCUCCCCGAGGAAGUCGAGUACGGCGACGGCUCGACAACGCCAAGCCGAACUGGCCUUCAAUGGUCGAAAGCCGUGAAUAACCAGGCCAGUGACGAAGUCCAGGCUCAUGUCAGCAUGUUCUUACCGAAGGACAAUCCAGCUUUCCUGGAUCUACUCAGCGAAGCAUGCAGAAAUCUAGUAUCGUUCAUCGACCGAGGCUGGUAUGAUUCCUCAAGCGGACCAGCGGAUGUCGAAGACCCCUCUCUGCCGACUGGACCGGUGGAUAAUUUUGUCUCGGAUGAUGAUGUCGUGGUCGUGGAAGGCAAGCGCUGA